CAACCCCCACAACCACAUGCAGCUAUAUUCUUCCUCUCUUGAUGGCAGCAUUAAGCUAUGGGACUUCAUGGACGGGAUUCCCAUUAAAACUUUUGCUGUAGGAUCCAAACUCCUGGCACUGUACGCGCUUGCUAGUUCUGAGGACUCGGUGUUUGUUGUAAUUCCAAAAAGUGGUGAAAGAGAUACAUUCCAGCUGGUCUCAGUUAAGCUGACAAAAGCAGCAGGCCAAGAUUUGGAAGCCAAGGAACUGUCAGUGGUUUUGGAUGGUGUGGAUGCCUCACCGAAGCGUAUUGCAUUUGGAAGAGAAGGUGAAUAUGUGGCAGCAGUGAAGGAGGUUAAUCUCCAAGUUUAUUUUUUUAAGCGGAAACAAUUGAGUAGGUUUUCUGUAAGUGCAGUGAAGACAAAAAGUGGAAACAAUCACUUCACUUGCAUAGCAUGCCAUCCUACGGAGGACUGUAUUGCAACUGGCCACGCUGAUGGAAAGAUUCGCCUCUGGAGGAAUUUCUGCCACAAGAAAGAGUACACAUUUUCCACACUGCACUGGCAUCAUGAUGCUGUCAUGGAUCUAGCUUUUUCUAUGGAGGGAACCAGCUUGCUGAGUGGUGGAGUUGAAUCUGUUCUAGUUCUGUGGCACAAUGAAUCACACUGUCAGAAGGAUUUCCUUCCUCGUUUGGGAUCUGCUAUUGAGUACAUCUCCAUGUCACCUGAUGGUGCACUCUGUUGUACCUUGCAUACAGACAACAGAAUUACAAUAAUCAACAGCAACCUAAGAUUUUCCAAAAGUAUUCAAGGGCUAAUCAAAAGUACGGAUGUCAAAACUGGUCUAGUGGUUGACCCUAGAACCAAAGCUUUGGUCCUGAAUGGAGAGCCUGGCCACUUGCAGUUCUAUUGUCUCCAAAGUGACCAACAGCUAUUCAGUUUGGAUAUUCUGCAACGACAAUACAUUCAUCAGGCAGGUUUAAACCAAGCUGACUUGGUAAAAGUUGCGUUUAGUGCACAAGGCAAGUGGUUAGCAACAGUAGAAGAGAGAGAAGAAGUAACUGACCCUGAGUUACAGUUGAAGCUGUGGUUCUAUGAUGAGGAAACACAAAGUUUUAAGCUGAAUACUAGAAUAAAUAUGCCCCAUGAGGACCACAUAACAGACAUGUGCUUUCGUGACAUGGAGGAAUUAGAAGAUGACUCUCUGAUACUGGUAACAGCUGGCAGAGAUUGUGUGUUUAAAGUCUGGGUGAUGGUAGAAGACACUGAUCCAGAGGCACAGCAAAGUGUGAGCUGGAGCUGUGACUUUGUAGGCAGCUACCACAACUACCAAGCUACUAACUGCUGUUUCUCAGAAGAUGGCUCUUUGCUUGCUGUUAGCUUUGAAGAAACUGUCACCGUAUGGGAUUCAGUUACUUGGGAUCUUAAGUGUACAUUUUGCCACCCACCUGGAAAAAUAAGGAACAUCUGCUUUGGGAGACUAACGUGUUCCAAGUACCUUAUUGGUGCCACUGAUUAUGGCUUUCUAUGUUGCUGGAACCUGCUCAGUUGUACAUUGGAAUGGAGUGCCCACCUCAACAUCUUAGUUCUGCAACCUGAUCCCCUUUCAGAAUAUAUUGCUGCUGUCUCAUGGCUCUCAAAAGAGUCCAGCUUGUUUGUGUUUAAACCAAAUGAGCCACGGCCAAUCUAUAUCCAGAGAAACCUUUGUAAAGAAAAGAUCCAGCUUGCUGCCUUCGUUCCAAGAGAUGAACCUGAAACGAUUGGCUCAGAAAAAUACCUUUGGCUAAGAAGAUCCCAACUAUUUUUUCUUACUGAUACGCAAGAGCUAAUGACGCUUAGCACAAAGUCUCUAGAAGAAAGGCUCACGCCAUCAAGCCAACAGCUGGCAGUAGAAGAAAGUCUUCCUGUGACCCCGUUUAGCUUGCUAUUGGGAAAGCACAGACGUCAGCAGUCACAAGAGGAUAUAGACCUUGGAAAAUUAGUUGUUUGUAAUAAGCAUGAGCAAGACUCACCUGCCGUCAAAGAGCUUCUGCACACUCCAGCACAUGUUUUGCCAUCUGCUUCCUUCCUCUGUCCUAUAUUUAUUAAUUCCUUGCUCAUCUCCAAAGAGAAUAAAAGUGCUGAAGAAGUUGCUGAUGAAGUAGAAAUGGAAAGUGAAAAAACAGAGGAUGAUUCAGAUGAGGAAAGAGAUGUUACAGAAAUGGAACAAGGAGAUACAAGUCCUGUGGAAUUAUUAGGAAAGAUGACAUGUAAACUGUCUAAAUCCCAGGAAAAAGAGCUACGAAAAAUAAGAAAAAUGGACUACAGUUGGAUAUCAGCUUUCUAAACAGACUUGUGCUUUUUUAUACUGUAAAAUGAAGCUUUAUGG